AUGACUCUUGUGGAUGUGGAAGUCAACACAGAAUACCAGAACUCUAGGGUCUGUGACCAGAGAAGAUUUCCUGGCAAUAACUACAGAGAAGAGAUUACUAGGAAAUAUGCAUAUGAGUCAAGCCUUCAAGUACAGGAUCAGUGGUGGGCUAAUAGCUUCAUUUGGUUAAGCAUGGAGGUGAGGCCCUUCUAUUUGAACGUGCUUGGAGCUGCACCAAUAUCAGGGGUAGUAGUGAUGGCAGUUGUUAGCAUCCAGAGGAUGGAUCCAGAGCAAAAUUGCCUCUCACAGUAUUUACGCAGCUACGCCUUGGAUCCUCCCUUGAUUUUCUUCCCUCCUCUGUCCUGCGUCUUCUUCUCCGCAGUCAUCACUUCUGGAACAAGCCUCUUAAACCCACUUCCAAUGCAUGGUGUCAAAAAGGAACUGGGUGCAUUGAAGAGCAUGCAGUAUAUCCAACUGAAGUGCUCAAUGUGUUUCUGUUGCUCCUUUACGGGUCUGCUUAUGGUAUUUACUUUGUUAAAUGAGAAGUUAUCAAUUCUCUAUGCUGUUCUCUCUCAGCCUCUAUUUCUAUUUGAUAAGCGAUUUGAGAUUAUUAAUGCAAUUUAUGAACCUACGGAAGAAGAAUGUGAAUGGAAACCAGAUGAAGAAGACAAGAUUUUGGAGCAGUUGAAAGAAAAGGCCAAGAUUGAAGAAGAGAAGAAGGAUGAAGAAAAAGAAGAGCCCACAGGAAUUCCUGAAUUUUGGUUAACUAUUUUUAAGAAUGUUGACUUGCUCAGUGAUAUGCUUCAGGAACAUGAUGAACCUAUUCUGAAGCACUUGAAAUAUAUUAAAGUGAAGUUCUUGGAUGCUGGCCAGCCUAUGAGUUUUGUCUUAGAAUUUCACUUUGAACCCAGUGAAUAUUUUACAGAUGAAGUGCUAACAAAGACAUAUAGGAUGAGGUCAGAACUAGAUGAUUCUGAUCCCUUUUCUUUUGAUGGAACAGAAAUUAUGGGUUGUACAGGGUGCCAGAUAGAUCAGAAAAAAGGAAGGAAUGUCACUUUGAGAACCAUUAAGAAGAAGCAGAAACACAAGGGACAUGGGACAGAUUGUACUGUGACUAAAACAGUUUCCAAUGACUCUUGCUUUAAUUUUUUUGCCCCUCCUGAAGUUCCUGAGAGUGGAGAUCUGGAUGAUGCUGCUGAAGCUAUCCAUACUGCGGACUUCGAAAUCAGUCACUUUUUACCUGUGCGCAUAAUCCCAAGAUCAGUGUUAUAUUUUACUGGAGAAGUUAUUGAAGAUGAUGAUGAUGAUUAUGAUGAAGAAGGCAAACAAGCAGAUGAAGAAGGGGAAAAAGAAGGAGAUGAGGAAAAUAAUCCAGACUAUGAACCAAAGAAAGAUCAAAACCCAGCAGAGUGCAAGCAGCAGUGAAACAGGAGGUAUGUGGCCUUGAGGAUAACCUGCACUGUAAUAGCCUAAACACAACUUUUAUUUACUUACAGCCUUACGUUUUUGUAUUUUCUUGGUAGACUAGGUAAUUUUUUUUAAAGGACAGGAAACUGAUAUUUUAAAGACCAAUUUGUCCUACGUAGCAUUUUAACUAG